AGAAGUCAUUGAAGAAGAGAGAGAGAGAAGUAGUAAUAAUAAUAAAGCUCGAACUUGAUUCUCCUGUAACGCUUCUUCAAUCACCGAUUUUAGUGAGAGAAAUCUCUUACGGCGGUUUAACGGUUUCCGUAUUUCCGAUCUCAUCGACUGGAAGCUGAAAAGCCAGCGGCAGGGUAACGUUUCUGCAAGUUUAUAGGCAGCAUCAUUAUUAUAGCGGGGAAGUAUAUAGCUGCUUGGAUUGAGCUGAAAUUAGCGAGUUUAAGAGGAAGGAUUAUGUGCUUCGAUUCAUGAUUUGAAGGUUCUUUUUAUCUUUUUUGACUCGUGCUUUCAAUCAUGGAGAAUCAAGGGUCGUUUUCGCAGCAAAAUUCCUUAGUUGAUAACUUGUUGUAUACGGAGCUAUGGAAGGCUUGUGCAGGUCCACUGGUGGAAAUUCCACGGAGAGAAGAGAAAGUUUACUAUUUCCCUCAAGGACAUAUGGAACAAUUGAAGGCAUCAACUACAAAUCUGAAAUUGAAUCAGAGGAUUCCUAUGUUCAAUCUUCCUUCGAAGAUCCUGUGUCGUGUGUCGCACGCUGAGCUUAAGGCUGAGCCAGAAACGGAUGAAGUGUAUGCACAGAUUACUUUGUUGCCGGAACAAGAUAAAACGGAAUCUUUGAGUCCUGAUGUAUCCAUCUCUGAAACUUUGAAGCUUCCCACAGUUUAUUCAUUCACCAAGGUUUUAACUGCCUCAGAUACAAGCACCCAUGGAGGGUUUUCAGUUCUUCGGAAACACGCCACUGAAUGCCUUCCUCCACUGGAUAUGACCCAACCAAUACCUACACAAGAACUGGUAGCAAGGGACUUGCACGGCUGUGAAUGGCGUUUCAAACACAUCUUUCGUGGCCAACCACGGAGACAUCUGCUGACUACAGGCUGGAGCACUUUUGUUACAUCAAAGAGACUUGUUGCUGGGGAUACCUUUGUAUUUCUGAGAGGAGAAAAUGGUGAAUUGCGUGUUGGUAUUAGACGUGCCGCUUCUCAGCAAAGCUCCAUGCCUUCGUCUGUGAUUUCUAGUCAGAGUAUGCAUUUGGGAGUGCUCGCAACUGCAAAGCAUGCUGUUGUUACUGAAUCCCGAUUUGUUGUUUUCUACAAGCCCAGGACAAGUCAGUUCAUUGUAAGCUUGAACAAAUUUAACGAAGCUGUCAAAAGAGGAGUCUCGAUUGGAAUGCGGUUCAAAAUGAAGUUUGAGGGAGAGGAUACUCCUGAGAGGAGUUUUACAGGCACAGUAGUGGGUGUAGAUGAUAUUUCCCCUCAGUGGGAGGGUUCUAAUUGGCGGUCCCUGAAGGUUCAUUGGGAUGAACCUGAACCUGCAUCAGUUCAAAGGCCUGAAAGGGUUUCACCCUGGGAAAUAGAACCCUUUGUGCAAUCCAUUCCUCCUAACCUCGUGCAGACAAACACGGCAAAGCAUAAAAGGGCGCGUCCAACAAAUGAAACUCAUGUACUUGAUAAUACAUCGUCAGCUGCAUCGGCUGUCUGGAAUCCAUCACAUGGUUCAAGUCAACUAACAUCCAUGGCUGAAUCUCAAAAGAAAGUAACUAUUGCUAAUAGCAACAACAUGUUGGACGGCAACUGGAUAACUGCGUCGCAUAUGAACAGUAAUAAGCCAAACCCAACUGCUGACGAAGUAGAAGAUAACAAGGGAGGUCCUUCUAGAUGGUCUGUUGCUUCAAGUUAUUCUCCUUUGCACAUAGCAGCACGAAACCAAAGAAAUGACGGUCCUCCAUCCAAUCCGUGUGGUGAUCAGAAUUCAGAGUCAGUUUCUCGCUGGCGGUUAUUUGGUGUCGAUUUGAAUAGCCCUUCUGUUGGUAAGGUUCCUCCACCACCAACAAGCGAUGAGCCGUUAUCGGGUAAUCUUUCACUUGUUGAAACAGAGCAGAAGUCUGAUCUUUCCAAGGCAUCAAAGGAACAGGGGUUGACAAAAGAUCUGCAGAGUAAGCAGAAUAAUAUUAGCUCAACUAGAUCUCGCACCAAGGUCCAACUGCAAGGAAUGGCAGUUGGUCGGGCUGUUGACUUGAGUGCAUUAAAAGGGUAUGAAGAUCUUAUAAAUGAUCUGGAGAAAAUGUUUGGUAUACAGGGAGAGCUUCAGGAACGUAGUAAAUGGCAGAUUGUAUUUACCGACGAUGAAGGAGAUAUGAUGCUUAUGGGCGACGAUCCAUGGCCGGAAUUCUGCAACAUGGUGCGAAGGAUCUUCAUAUGUUCAAGCCAAGACGUGAAGAAAAUGAAAGCAGGGAGCAAGCUUCCAUCGUCGGCAGUUGUAGACAGUGAGGGAGGGAUUGUUUUCAGCAGCAGCUCAGACCCGGACGAAUCCUAGGUUUCUUACCCAAAUUCUGUCUUUUUGUGGGUGUUUAUUUAUUUUUGGUUUUUGGUUUUAUUUUGGGAGGGGGGUUUCUAAUUUAGGAUCUUAGACUUUCCAGUGGGCGGGGAUUAAAGCUGGCCCUUCCUAUAAUUAGGUGUUAUUUGUAAUGGAUCUUUGGUAUCUGAGUCCUGUAAGAUUAUCAUAUGAUUAGAUUUUAGAGACUUAAGAAGGAAGAAGUACCAAAUGAGACCCUUGACUUAAUUUUUUAGGAAUGGAAAGCAGCAGUGUUAGUAGAAGAAGAACACCACCAACACCACCACCACCUGUGAAUAUCAUCCAUCAUAAAUGUUUUUUAUGUUUAGUUUCUUGUCUUCUUUUGGUGAAUAUGGGUUGUCAAAAAGUGCUGGUAAAAGAACACCACAUGUACUGUUACUAGCCUUGUUGUUGGUAUUGUAGUAGUAGUAAUCAAAAUGAGUGGGAAAUUGUGUAA